CCAGGCCACCACUCCCUCAACUGCUGUUGUUUUCAUUCCCAAACCUUUGCCUACCUCCUCCCUUCCCCUGCCGUUCCACCCCCUCUGCUUUCACUCAACUGAUCUUUAGUUCUUCAAGAAACCUGGCAUAUCUGCUUUGAGGACAUAGCCGUGUUGGGGUUUGAAGACAGUUUUCAGUGUCCUUCAGGCAGGUAAAGGGAGCGGGAUGUGGCCACCCACACUGACCCUGGAUCUGCUCCUGCUGGUCAGUUUGUCCCUCGGCACCCAUGGUGAACGAACAUCUUACAGACCUCAGAGUUGCACGCUUGAAUGCAUCCGCUGGGGAGACCCAAGAUGUGAAUACUGCAGAAUCACAGCAGACGAUGUGCAAAUAUCUCCCAGUAUUCCCUCUUCCAGCCCGUUUGGAAGUUGUGUACCUUGGCCUUGUCAAUCUUUUCUAGGCCAGGAAACCCCAGAGGUCUGCCAGCAUUAUGUUCACCCACCACAAAAUAUUCACAUCGAGUUUGAAGCCAAUAAAGAUCCAACAUAUGAUACCAUUACUGUAUCAUGGAACCCAAGCCAAUAUGGUAUUGCAUUCUUACGUGGAUUUCAAGUAACUCUUCAGGCUCUUGGUGGAUCUCAGUUAUCAUGUCAGCUCUUUCUCCUGGGUAGCAAUCUGUCCCUCACCGCUGCACAUGCCCAUCGGGUCUAUCACUCAGAUCCCUUCACAAAUCUGUCUUUGGAUAGGGAGUAUGUUGUGACUGUCAUGGUACUGCCCGUCCCUGAGCAGUGGGAGCAGUCCUAUGAGAAGAAAAUGUUUUUCACACGCACAUGUCCUGAAAAAAAUGGUCUUGAAGAGUGUGAGAAAGACUGGUAUCCCAGAUACGUCGAGGUCCACCAGGAGAACCAGGAUAUUUAUGUGACCUUUAACCUUGCACCUGAGAACUUUGAAGUCCGUCAGUAUUUUUCAUCAUGUUUCGGAGGUGGGCUACGAAAUUACACAAGCAUCAAACCGGAUUUUAGUCUCAACAAGACACAUCACACAUACCGUUUGCAGAAUCUCCAAGCAGGUACAAACUACACCUGUCAGAUUGCUGCUGAUGUCGUGGAUGCAGUCAGGAAAACAUUCGUUUUUGUUGUUAAACAUAGCUCUGAAGAGCCAUCGACCUCUCACUUCACAGAAAGCCCUUCACUGAUGGUGCUCUUGUCCGUGGGAAUCCUGCUUGCGGCUACCGCAGUGCUCACCUUCAUCGUUGUCUACAAGAAAAGACUGAAGAAGAAAAAAGUCCAGACCAAAAUGAGACCAGAAAUCAUCGAACAGUACUAUGACAAAAAACUGGGUGAAGGACAGUGUGUUUUGCUGGACAAAACCACCCGCCCCCCUCGUCUACUGAUUUGCUACUCAAGUAAUGAUGGUCCUGCCCACGUCAGAGUCGUGUUGCAACUGGCUGCUUUUUUGCAAAAGCACAUGGCGACUCAAGUGCAUUUAGACUUGUGGGAGGCCUUGCACAUUAUGGAGGAGGGCAGUAUGGGGUGGCACUGCAAGAGAAUGAAGGAUUGUGACUUUGUGCUGAUCAUUUGCUCCCGAGGUCUCCAUCAGAACCAGUCUGAGGACGAGGAACCGCUGGAGAACACCACCUUAGUUACUGUUUCCAUGAUCGGAGAGGAGCUGUGUCGUGCCAAAGCGUUGGGUCAAGACCUCUCCAAAUUCAUGGUGGCCAUAUUUGAGUACUCACAAGAGUCUGAUAUCCCAGCGUCACUAGGUCUCGCUUCAAGAUACACCCUGACUAAAGACUUACCUUUGCUCUUCUCCCAUCUUCACGGAGUGGCUUUGCAGAAGCCUGGAGUUUACCUACAGGUGGAGGAUAUUUUAGAAAGCGGGUACUGUAAACUCCCAGCUGGGGCUGCACUACAGCUGGCCAUACAGGAGGCCAAGGCACAGUUUUCUGAGGAGCCGACUGAAGAGGAACAUGUAGGAAUUCCAAUCAUUUCAUAAAGGAUCUCUAGA